CUCGCGGCGGCGGCGGCGGCUGCGGGGGCACGAUGGCUGAUGGCGGCGGCGGCGGCACUGCUGAGGCGCCCGGCCCCCGGGGCUCCCCCGGGCAGGCGCCACGGGUCCCGCGCGCGGCCGGGCCGGCUGGCGGCAGCGGCGGGGAGACCCCGCGGACGGCGGCGCUGGCCCUGCGCUUCGACAAGCCCAUCAAGCAGGCCUUCUACAACACGGGGGCCGUGCUGUUCGUGUGCCUGUGCUGCGGCGCCGCCGUGCUAGUGUACUUCAUCCUGGAGGCCUUCCUGCGGCCGCUGCUGUGGGCCGUGCUGUGCGGUACCUUCCUGCAUCCCUUCAAGAGCUCGCUGACGCGCCUGGGCCGCCACUGGCUGCAGCGCCUGCACCGGGCGCACACGCCCAUCGUGCUGGCCGCGCUGCUGCUGCCACUCUGCUUCGUCGACUACGGCGUCGAGGCCCUGGGCGAGCAGGUGCUGCGCCGCCGCCGCCUGCUCUUGCUGCUCGGCGCCGGGGGCCCGCUCCUCUACGGCCUCUACUGCCUCGGCAGCUACCUGGGCGUGCAGGUGCUGCUGGCGCACGCCGGUGAGCUCAUCUGCCGCGGGCUGGACUACUUCAGCAGCCUGUGGAUCUGGACGUUGGUAGUUGGCUACGUGUUGACUGUUUCAUUCAAGUGGAAUGCAAGCACUGAACGCUACUUGAGAGCAGUUUCAAUUCCUGUCUGGAUUAUAUUGCUUUUUCAUUUAGCAUCCCUUGCUGGCUCGUGGAGAAUUCCAGUAUUCCUGGUUAUUGUUUUCCUGAUGUCUGUGGGCACCCUCUAUGGAAAACAGAAUGGAAAAGAAUCUUCUGGGGCAGAGUUACCAGGGCAAGUUAUUUCCAUGGCAGCUUCUACUCUAGCAAACUUGGCCAUCUCUAUCACAGGGUAUGAAUCAAGCAGUGAAGACCAGCCCUCGACUCAGCCUGCAGAAACCACAGACAGGGGAGAACCGCCUCCAACAUUGUCUUCCUCUUCUUCAGCCUCCUCCCCUUCACCCACUCUGGGCAAACAAAGGCCUGAAAUCGGAACGUUUCUUAGAAAGAAGAAAACUAGUGAUAUCUACUUUGUGUCUCUCGUUUGGGCCAUCGUCUUUGUUCAGAUCUGGUUGAACCUGUGGAUUGUGCAAUUGCUGCCAGUGCCUGUUGCAGUCUGGAUACUCAAAAAACUCGUCAUUCACUUUGGAGUUGUGGACUUCCUGGAGAAACGCUACCAUGUGUGGUGGGGGGUUAUGGAGAGCUUCCUGAAGGAGCGGCAGGAUGCUCUCGCACCGUGGCCAAUUGUCGGGCUUGGAAAAUUCUUGUUAAAAGUUGAUAGCAAGAUGAUCAUCUGGUUGGAGAAGAUGUUAGAUAAAAUAAUUAGCAUUUUCAUCAUAUUUUUGUUAGUGAUAGGAACCCUUCUUUUAGCCCUACUCCUGACUGCAAAGGUACAUCAAGAGAGUGUACACAUGAUUGAAGUCACAAGUAAUCUGAUUAAUGAAACUCUAGCAAAUCACCCUGAGUGGGCAAAUUGGCUUCCUGAGGCUCAGGUAGUCCAAAGAGCCCUGAAUUCUGCGGCUAACAAUGUCUAUCAGUAUGGACGAGAAUGGAUAACCCACAAGCUUCAUAAAAUUCUAGGAGAUAAGGUGAACAAUACUGCUGUGAUUGAAAAGCAAGUACUAGAACUUUGGGACAGACUGUAUCACUCUUGGUUUGUAAAGAAUGUAACACAUUCCGGAAGGCACAAAGGACACAAGAUGCACGUGAAUCGUCAGAACAGCUGGCUGGGAGACAUUCUGGACUGGCAGGAUCUUGCUUCCUUUGUUCACGAGAACAUUGAGACAUUUCUUUCGAUCUUGGAGUCUCUGUGGAUUGUGAUGAGCCGGAAUGUGAGCCUGCUGUUUACUACUGUAACUACACUCCUGACCAUCCUCUUCUACAGUGGGACUGCCCUUCUCAAUUUUGUGCUCUCUCUGAUAAUUUUCCUGACCACACUAUUUUAUCUGUUAAGUUCCAGUGAUGAGUACUACAAGCCAGUGAAGUGGGUGAUAAGCCUGACUCCACUAUCUCAGCCAGGUCCUUCCUCUAAUAUUAUUGGCCAGUCUGUGGAAGAAGCUAUCAGAGGGGUGUUUGAUGCUUCCCUCAAAAUGGCUGGCUUCUAUGGAUUGUACACCUGGCUGACUCAUACUAUAUUUGGCAUCAAUAUUGUCUUCAUACCAUCAGCUUUAGCAGCAAUCCUUGGAGCAGUGCCAUUUCUGGGGACGUAUUGGGCAGCAAUACCUGCAGUUCUAGACCUAUGGCUGACUCAAGGAUUGGGAUGCAAGGCCAUUUUGCUGCUGAUUUUUCACCUCUUGCCAACAUACUUUGUAGAUACUGCAAUCUAUUCUGAUAUAUCCGGAGGUGGCCAUCCGUACCUGACAGGCUUGGCAGUGGCUGGCGGAGCAUAUUACUUAGGCCUGGAAGGAGCAAUCAUUGGGCCCAUACUCCUCUGCAUACUGGUGGUUGCUUCAAAUAUCUACAGUGCCAUGCUCGUGAGUCCCACGAAUUCAGUGCCCACGCCAAACCAGACCCCGUGGCCUGCUCACACUCAGCGGACUUUCCGUGACAUUUCUGAAGAUCUGAAAUCUUCAGUAGACUGACAUGGUUUCCCCUGCAAUGAUUUUUCUAGGAAUUUCGACUUUGACAGUGACUUCAGCUCAGCUGUGGCUUCCUGCCCUUUCAGCUGUGCCUAGCAAGUAGAGCCCAGGAAAGAAGCAGAAGCCUCCUGGCCUUACAUACACAAUGCCUGGACAAGAGAGAACUUGCUGUGGGCUGCUUUGCAUUGUAAAACACUGCUUGAGAGUUCAGAAAUGUGGUUUGCUCACUUAACUGUUGCUAAGAUGGCUUGAAAUGUUUCAGUUUAUACACUGGUACCAUGACUUGAAAUUUUCCCACUUUGGUUAUCUCUAUUAUUAUAAUAUGUAUUUAUAAAGUUAUUUUAAGAACUCUAAACUACCUGCUGUCAAAAGAAUAUACAGUGUAAUUUUCUCUUACUUUAAGAAAUCUAUUCUUAAACUUUUCUAAGACAGUCACUUUUCAACGAAGAGGGCUUUCACUUUGAAUGUGUAGUUGUGUGAGCAGGAAAAAUCAAUCUCUGUCCUUCUUGCACAAUGUGUCAUCCCGUCUUUAAGAAAGAAUAAAUCUUAAGU